AUGCUGAGCCACUCGUGUCUGAAAAGCCUUCUCUUCCUCAUGUCCACCUGGGGCCUUUGUUCGAGCCAUUCCUCACCUCGUCCGCUUCGUUUCUCCGCCUUUCUGGACCCCACACAGCAGAUCCACCUGCGAUGGGACCAUGAUUCAAAGGAACUGAUGACCUUUGAGCUUGAAGUCCAGUCCACAGGAUGGGUGGCGUUUGGCUUCACCACUCAUGGACAGCUGCCCGGGGGAGACGUCGUGAUUGGUGGAGUCCUUCCCGAUGGCAACAUGUAUUUCUCAGACUGGCACAUUGUGGACGAGCACACCAUUGUGGAGGACGAAAGCCAGGACUACAAGUUGCUGUCAAUGAACCAAGAUGAGACUUCCACCACCAUCACAUUCCAGCGCUAUUUUCAAACCUGUGAUGCUCAUGACCAGCCCAUCACGGGUGACACACUACGAGUGAUUUCCGGGUUUGGCCCAGACGACACAAUUGAUUUCUUCAAAGGAAAGCUGAUCCACAAAUCUCUGUUCUUAAUGUUAUAUUUAAAUGAAAACCAACUAAAUACACCUAAAGAAUAUUACGUAUAUGAUCUCAAACUAGAUGAUUUCCCCAUUCCAGAGGAUGAUACCACGUAUGCCUGUACUUUCAUCCCAUUUCCCAGAGUUAAGACAAAACAUCACAUCUACAAGUUUGAGGCCGUAAUCACACCUCGAAAUGAAACCAUGGUGCACCACAUUCUGGUUUAUGCCUGUGGCAACGCGAGCGUGCUGCCCGCCGGGGUUAGCGACUGCUACGGAGCAGAUCCUGACUUUGCCCUUUGCUCCCAAAUCGUCGUGGGCUGGGCUGUAGGAGGAGGGGUCUACAUGUUCCCAAAUGAAACUGGCAUUUCCAUAGGUACGCCGAGAGAUGCCCAGUGGAUCCGGUUAGAAGUCCACUACAGCAAUUUCAAUUACAUUUCAGGCUUAAUCGACAACUCGGGGAUAAGACUCUACUAUACCCCAGAGCUGCGGCCGUACGACAUGGGGGUGCUGCAGACCGGGCUCUUCACCUUUCCCAUCCAUUUCCUCCCCCCUGGAGUAGAGGCUUUCAACUCCUACGGACUUUGCAACUCCAGUCGGUUUGAGGAGUUGAAUGGGACCCCCGUGCCCGAUCUGCACAUCUUUGGUUACUUGCUGCACACUCACUUGGCUGGAAGAGGAGUGAGAGGAGUCCAUUACCGGGAUGGAAAGCAGUUGCGGAUCCUCUGUGAAGACAACAAGUACGAUUUCAACCUUCAGGAGACAAGAGGCUUGAAGGAAGUUGUUACUUUCAAAGCUGGAGACGAGUUCCUGGUGGAAUGUCGCUACCAAACACUGGAUCGGACAAGCCUGACCUUCGGUGGGCCAAGUACCCUGAAUGAAAUGUGCCUGGCGUUCCUCUUCUACUACCCUCGCAACAACAUCUCCAGCUGCAUGGGAUACCCAAACAUUCAGUUCGUUGCUCAUGAACUUGGCCAGCCGGCAGCAGAUGCAAUGGAAGGGAUGAUGGCCAUCAACUUGGUAGAGUGGGACAACAACACCGCCAAGAAAGCGGAGAAAGCCUGCAAGGAAGCGGAUCAGAUUGUCAUCCUUAAAACCAUCGACGAGGUGGUCGUAAAUGAAACCGGCUUCAUUCGAGACAUCAUUGAACAUGAACCAGCCCCCUGCAAAGCUAUUUUUGGAAACGGGCUUUCUGCUGAGCCAGAAGGGCAAGCCAGGUACCAGCCAGCCGUGACAUCCCGCGCUCUCAACGCCAAGGCCAUCCUACCUUCUCCUGCCCUGCUAGUCAUAUACUUGGGCUUUACUUCGCUCCUUACCUUCUCCCUGUGUCCUCUGAAAGUCAGCCAAGCACAGACUCGCAACAGAAGGAAGCACCAGCAGCCAAGUGGCUGGACAGGCGGGCUGAGCCUGCCCAGCAUGCAGCAGUGA